CCACAGUCUUAUUUAUACCGGCACAGCGUCUUUUUUUUUGCAGAAAAUUUUGCUAUUGAAUAAAACUUAAUUAGAAUUUACAAUGGCGGCAUCUUUAGAUGGAGUGUUUCCAGCAACCUUGCAAGAAAAAGUGAAAAAUUCCAAACUGCUGGUGGUUGGAGCGGGCGGAAUUGGAUGUGAAAUCUUAAAAAAUUUAGUUCUGUCGGGUUUUCCCGAAAUCGAAAUUAUUGAUUUGGAUACCAUCGAUUUGAGUAAUCUAAAUCGGCAAUUUUUAUUUCACCGUGAACAUGUGGGUAAAUCGAAGUCACAAGUGGCGAGGGAAAGCGCUUUGCAGUUUAAUCCGGAUGUUAAAAUAAAAGCAUACCAUGAUAGCAUAAUGGCAACGGAUUAUGGCGUAAAUUUCUUUAAGAAAUUUGAUGUCGUUUUGAACGCUCUUGAUAAUCGAGCUGCUCGUAACCACGUAAAUCGAAUGUGUUUGAACGCAGAAGUGCCAUUGAUAGAGAGUGGUACAGCUGGUUACAAUGGUCAGGUUGAGCUAAUCAAAAAAGGAUUGACGCAGUGUUACGAAUGUACACCAAAGGCUACUCAAAAAAGCUUCCCCGGAUGUACUAUUCGCAAUACACCAUCCGAACCCAUUCAUUGCAUCGUGUGGGCCAAACAUCUUUUCAAUCAGCUAUUUGGAGAAACCGUUGAUGACGAAGACAUUUCACCAGAUGUUGCUGAUCCUGAAGCCAAGGGAGAAGUUGAUGAAAAUUCAAAAAUCGAUGCUGAGAAGGCAGCCGACGAAAAAGUUCCUGGUGAUGGUAAUGUAGUACGCGUUAAUACACGCCAGUGGGCUAAAGACAAUCAUUAUGAUGCCCAGACAUUAUUCAACAAAUUCUUCUAUGAUGACAUCAAAUAUCUCUUAUCUAUGUCCAAUUUGUGGAAAACGCGCAAGCCUCCGACACCCAUUAAGUGGGACAGCCUUCUAUUAAAGCAAGACGAAACCGAUCAAAGCUAUUCCCGUCAAUAUCACAAGAUAUGGUCCUUAGCCGAAUGUGCAGCUGUAUUUGCCGACUGUUUAAAAAAGCUCAAACUAAACUUGGAAAAAAUGGAUCAGGGCGAUUCCUUAGUAUGGGACAAGGAUGACCAACCUGCAAUGGAUUUCGUUGCUGCUUGUGCCAAUAUACGUGGUUAUAUAUUCGAAAUUGGCCGUAAAUCUCGAUUUGAAAUCAAAUCCAUGGCUGGAAAUAUUAUUCCCGCUAUUGCAACUACAAAUGCUAUCACUGCUGGUGUAGUUGUUUUGCACACAUUUAAAGUUUUGCAAAAUCAAUUGGACAAGUGCAAAUCUGUAUAUAUGCGUCUUAGACCAAAUCCAAGGAACCAAUUAUUGAUACCGGAGAAAAUUUUAACGGCUCCAAAUAAAAAUUGUUAUGUUUGCGCCGCUGAGCCCGCAAUACAUCUACGCAUCGACACCAAACGUGUUCACAUCAAAGAAUUUCGUGAUGAGGUUCUUAUUAAAACUUUGAAUAUGGUAAACCCAGACGUUAUUGUAGAUGCCAAAGGUGUUGUUGUAAUUUCGUCAGAGGAAGGUGAAACCGAAUGUAAUGAAAGUAAACUUAUGUCUGAAAUGGACAUUGUCGAUGGGGUUCUAUUAAAAUGCGACGAUUUCUUCCAAAAUUACGAACUGAGCAUUAUAAUUGUGCAUAUAGACGCAGAAAGGGAUGAACCUUUGUUCGAGGUUAUUGCUGAUCCAAAUCAACUUAAGCCCAAGAAAGAAGAAACAGUAAAAACUUCCGAGAAAGAAAAUGGCAAGACGGAUGACGUGUCAGAUGGACCUUCUACAUCGAAGAAAAGCAAAAUUAACGAAGUAUUGGACGAUGAUGAUGACUUAUGCUUGAUUGAAGACGACGAUGACCAUAACGUUUCAAAACCUGCCGAUAAGUCCGCGACGGAAGAGGUAACAGAAGCUACUGAUAAGUUGCAAGUAAAAAGUCCAGAGAAACCCAUUGCCACCAAGCGGAAGACAACGACUGUUGAUGAUGAUAUAACCGAAAUCCUAGAUUCAGAUGAAGAAGACGGACCAACUCAAUCAAAACGCACCAAGAGAUCUGAACCGGAUGAGAAAGGAGUCAUUAACAUUGAUUAACUAGAGAAGAACUCGGUCAUUCAUUGAAAGUAAAUCUUUAACAUACCUUCAAAGUUAAUAUAUAUUUAAUAUUAUAACUUUGAUAAUUUCAUUACAAAAUAUAAUUAACAGAUACAACAUACAUAUACUGAGAUGUUUCUUAGAUAUCGGGAUAUUUAUAUGCAUGAUUUAUUUUUCAAA